CUCCCUUUAGGUGACGCAGUGCCCGAGACGUUAAAAAGUGAGAAUAACGACGUUUUCUUUUUUUCUCUCGGAUGGCUUGGUGGACUUAACACAACCUUGUUCUUCUUUCAAACAACUUUUGAUUUGACUUCUUGAUAUAUCAACUUAUAUUUAUUGAAUUUACAAUUGCUUUUUUCAUUGACUGGAAAUUGAAUUUAUUGAGAGUGUGCCGGCAAUCAACUACCAAUUCUCUGUUUUGGUAGUGAUAGUGGUGGUGGAGUCCGUGUUUUGUUGAUGAUGGCUGAGACUGAGGCAGAAAAUCGACCGGAUUUAAAAACGGACAGUGGUGAUGAAUCAGAUGAUUUAAGUGAAGUUCUCGAAGAAAGUCCUUGCGGGAGGUGGCAGAAGCGUAGAGAAGAAGUUGAACAACGAGAUGUUCCAGGUAUUGAUAGUGCCUUCUUGGCGAUGGAUACAGAGGAGGGAAUGGAAGUCGUAUGGAAUGAGGUCCAGUUUUCAGAAAAGAAGAAUUUUAAAGCACAGCAGGAAAAAAUUCGACAGGUUUUUGACAAUUUGAUUCAGUUGGACCAUCCAAAUAUUGUGAAAUUUCAUAAAUACUGGACAGACACAGUUGGAGAAAAGCCUAGGGUAAUUUUCAUUACAGAAUACAUGUCAUCUGGUUCUUUGAAGCAGUUUUUAAAGAAAACCAAAAAGAAUAACAAGACAUUCCCAUUGAAGGGUCACAGUAAAAAAAAACAGGCAUGGAAACGAUGGUGUACUCAGAUCUUAUCAGCACUAAGUUAUCUACAUUCCUGUGACCCACCGAUUAUCCAUGGUAACCUCACCUGUGAUACUAUUUUCAUCCAACACAAUGGACUGGUCAAGAUUGGUUCAGGGUUCUUCUCCAGAUUCUUAUUGGUUGACUUCAUGGUUACAUGGGACUCGUGUGAAGAGCGAGAAAAGGCACUGGUGACAUCAGUCAUGGUUUCCUGUGGUAUUAUCCAUCUGUUCAGAACUGGAUCUUUCUUCGAGAGAAUGUUUGCUCCAGAUGCGAUUCACCACCAUGUGAAAACCUACAGAGAAGACUUGAAAAAUAUGCACUGCAUAGCACCAGAAUAUGAAGGACCUGGUCAAGUGACAACCGCUGUAGAUAUUUAUUCUUUUGGAAUGUGUGCCCUAGAAAUGGCAGCUCUAGAAAUCCAAGGAAAUGGUGAAGCCAAUGUGACACCAGAAGCAAUAAAAUGUACAUUAGAAUCUUUAGAAGACUCCUUACAAAGGGAUUUCAUCAGACGUUGUAUUGAACGAGAUCCUCAGAAAAGGCCAGGAUCCCGUGAACUGCUUUUUCAUGCUGUACUGUUUGAAGUACACUCCUUAAAACUGCUAGCUGGAAACUGCUUUGUAAAAAAUUCAUAUAUUCUCCCAGGCAAUAUGGCAGAAGAAGCAUAUUUACCAAAAACUGAUCCCUCCAAGGUGAUUGCAGAGAUUAACUUCAAAGAACAUGGUUUUAUGCAGUGGAAAUUUAGUCAAGUCGGCUCAAUUGAAUUAGAAAAAUUUUUAGAAGAUGUCCGAAAUGGAAUUUACCCAUUAACUGCCUUUGCAUUACCUCGCCCCCCGCCCUCACGUCCUCGUGCCAUUACUCCUGAACUAGCUGAGUCUGUCAAGUCAGAGACUCCAGAACCUAUGGAUGUUGAAACACGGAUGGUAACUAACAUGGCAUGUCAGAUGCGAAAGACAGAUGAGAAUUGCAACUUGAAUUUAACUCUUCUACUACGUAUGGACGACAAAAUGAAUCGACAGUUACAGUGUGAGAUCUCUCAAGAGGACAAUGCUUCUACUUUAGCUGAGGAACUGGUACAUUAUGGCUUUAUAAAUGAGUUGGACAAAGACAAGGUAGCAACUUUGAUUGAACAACACUUAAGACAAGGCAGUACCCACAUGAAUGGUCCAAUGUCACCAAUUACUGUUCCUUCAGGCUGAACAUGAACCCAGCCUUCAGCAGACAGUUUCAUCCCCCUCCUAUGCCAUUGAUUGCGUCACCAUGUGAUGUGUCAGUGCAAACAAACAAACAAACAAAACGUGUACUUCCACUUCAGUUUCUUUUGUUUUAUUAUAAUUAUUACUGUUAUUAUUAUGAAGGCCUACUCCCACCACAAAACUCCACUAAUCCAGGUGACACAAUGCUACAUUCACCAUUUUAUUAUUUUUAUGAAGCCCCACUUCUAUCAACAUAACCUUGCUAGUCACCCCAUUACUACUACUACUAUUAUUAUUAUUAUUUUUAUUAUUAUAACAGCCCACUCCCACCACUUAUGUCCCUCUUCCUGCUAAUUUAAGACAUUACUACAGUCACCAUAUUUUAUUAGUAUUAUUAUUAUUAUUAUUAUUAUUAUUAUUAAGGCUAAGUCCUCCACAUAAGACCCCCCCCCUUGCCACAUACACACCAUCUAUGUAAACAUAAAUACUACCUACAGUCACCACAUUUUUUUUUUACUAAUCUACCUCUUACAAGGAAUAAAAAAAUUAAAUGACAUACCAAAGGUGGGGUGGGGGAGCACUACAACACUUGCUUGUACAUAUGUGCCAGCUGUGUGUGCUCACUACUUCUUUAUCAUCCCUACCUUCAGCAAUGCCAUUUGCAAACACUCCAUCAACACCAUUCACAGUUGACCUGGUCUGCUGCAGCGACUUCAUCGGAUCGUAAACUAUGAUGAUGAUUUCAGAAGCAUCCAGACUUUCAGCGUCCAGUAAUAAAAAGAAAAAGAAAAAAGUGGGGACUGUAGAAGAAGUCCCUAUCUCCUCUGCCUGGAGGCGGUGCCUGUUAUAAAUUUUAUGUGAGUUUUGAAAACUGUUUCUGACCAUCUACCGUGAGUAGGUACACACUGCAAGGGACAAGACAUUGCUGACAAAAGAGACAUAUAAAAGAAACACAAGAUGAUGAUGAUGAUGAUUUUAUAUUUCAUUUCAUAAUUAAUUACUAAUAAUAUAAAUUAGUAUGUCUUUUUUAUCUUUA